GAAAGCGGCUGGGUGACUUUGGACCAAUCACCAGGAGACGAAAGAUGUUGUGCAAGAUUAACGGUGGGGGUUGAUGAGCUGUGGUGGUGCAGUGGUUUUAAUGCAGCAUUGCAGGCUAACUCUGCCGACUGCCAGCAGUUCGAUCCUGGCCAGCUGAAGAUUGAUUCAGCCUUCCAUCCUUCCAAGCACCCAAGUGACUCCAAAGGACACACAACGACUACUGGAGUAACACUACUGCACUACACCGAGGAAUUUGUAAUUGGCGAAGAGGGCGCAACUGUAAGGAGUAGCUGAAAUCCACUGAGUCCGGAAGGGUUCGUCUCGGACCUGCUGAGUGGAACAUGUCCAAACUCUUCUCCACCAGCCUCCGUUGCCGGUUGCCCGUCUUGCUCUUUGUCUUUCAAGGUGCCCUCCUCUUCAUCUUUGUGCUCUUCACAACAUACGACCGGCACACGGAUGCUGCCCGCCAGCCUGCUGACGUUGACCCAGCUGAUAACCAGCUCUAUGUCUUGUUCUCUCUCUUCCAAGACAUCCAGUUGAUGUUGUUGGUUGGCCUCGGUUUGCUUCUGGCGUUUAUGAAAGGCUACGGGGUCAGUGCUGUGGCCUACAACUUCCUGUUGUCCAACUUCUCUGUGCAGUGGGCUCUGAUCGUGCAGGGGUUCAUCUAUCAUUACCACGAUGGAAAGAUCCAUCUAGGCCUCUACAACCUUCUGACUGCGGAGUUUGCCACUGUGACUGUCCUCAUCUCUGCAGGGGCCAUCUUGGGCCGAACCAGUCCCAUCCAGCUUCUCCUCAUGGGCUUCUUUGAGGUGCCCCUCUACGUAGCUUGUGAGUGGCUAAUUAUAAGCUACUUCCAAGCAGUGGACAUUGGAGGAACUGUCACCGUCCAUGUCUUUUCUUGCUACUUUGGUCUGGGGGCCUCCCUAGCUUUGUACCGGUCAGGACUCCAGACGAGACACCCCAAGGACACUCCCUCUUACAUCUCUGAUCUUCUGUCCUUGGUGGGCGCCAUAUUCCUUUGGGUCUUCUGGCCCAGUUUUGUUUCUGUUCUUGUCCAUCCAGGUGAUGCCCAACAUAGGGCCGUGCUACACACCUGGAUUACGCUCAGCGCUAGCGUCUUGACCACGUUUGCUAUCUCCAGCCUUCUGGAGAAGAAGGGCAAAAUCAGCAUGGGCCACCUACAGAACGCCACCUUGGCUGGAGGGGUGGCCAUCGGAACAGUAGCCGACAUGGCCAUCGGUCCAGGUGGGGCAUUUCUCUUGGGGAUCCUGUCAUCUCUAGUCUGCAUCCUUGGCUUCAAAUAUAUGACCCCGUUCUUGGCCAACAAAGUCCAUCUUCAAGACCAGUGUGGGAUCCACAACCUUCAUGGUCUUCCAGGCAUCCUUGGAGCCCUAGCUGGGAUCGUGGCCAUUUUGAUAGUCCCAGAUGAAGCCUACGGACACCAGCUUUACCAUGUCUUCCCCGCGCGGAGUCCACCGUUGCAAAAUGCCACCGUGGAGACCACCUUCAUUGGAGAAAGGCUGGGAAGGAGCACUUCAGAACAGGCUCUUUUUCAAGCUGUAGGCCUCGGCCUCUCGGUCGUUGUGUCCCUCGUAGGAGGCUAUCUCACGGGCUUGCUUUUAAAACUCCCCUUCUUAGCCCAGCCUCCUGACCAAUUCUGCUUUGACGAUGAGCUUUAUUUUCAAAUCCAGAAGCCCCUUGAGAACGUGAAUGUGGACCAAGCGGACGGAGACCUUCAGAUGCCACUGAAGAGCAAAGCUUGAUUGCCUUUUAUUUAUCCCUGCUGCAAUAAAAUUCCUCCAUGUAGUACAA